UUUCAAAAAAAUAAAAAAUAAUUCAAUGACAGCCUUGAAUACAACCCGGUUUGAAGUCGCUAAAAAUACAGAUAACGCUAAAUUGUGGAUAGUACAGAACUUUCGUUACUGUAGCUAGCUGUCUUUGCAGGAUGAAGUGAGCACGGUAUUGUUGGAUUGAGAGGAACAUCUUCUCUGAAAUGGAGACUCUAAUUCCCAUCAUCAAUCGGCUCCAGGAAGUCUUCCUGACAGUGGGGGCAGAGAUCAUCCAGCUGCCUCAGAUAGUGGUGGUUGGCUCGCAGAGCAGCGGCAAGAGUUCUGUGUUGGAGAGUCUGGUUGGAAGGGAUUUUCUGCCUCGGGGAUCAGGCAUAGUCACACGGCGACCCCUAGUGUUGCAGCUGGUGAAUGUGCCUCCAUUGGCAGAGAGGAGACUGCAAGAAAAUGGAAAUGGGGUAAAACAAAAUGCAAACAGCUACCCAGGGAUCAAGGCUGAUGAAUGGGGCACGUUCCUUCAUAGCAAGAACCAGAUUUUCACAGAUUUCUUGGAGAUUCGCAAGGAGAUUGAAGAAGAGACUGAGCGUAGCUCAGGAGGCAACAAGGGAAUCAGCCCUGAGCCCAUCUAUUUGAAGAUUUUCUCUCCUCAUGUCCUCAAUCUCACACUGGUUGAUUUGCCAGGAAUAACCAAGGUUCCGGUUGGAGAUCAGCCAGAGGACAUAGAGGCUCAAGUCCAAGAGAUGAUCCUAUCCUUCAUCUCCAACCCCAACUCCCUUAUCCUCUCAGUGUCUCCUGCCAACUCCGACUUGGCCACCUCUGAUGCCCUCAAACUGGCCCGCGAGGUCGACCAGGAUGGCCGCAGAACACUGCUGGUGGUCAGUAAGCUGGACCUGAUGGACGCAGGGACAGAUGCUCUGGAGGUCUUGCUGGGCCGGGUCAUUCCAGUGCGGCUCGGAAUUGUGGGAGUGGUCAACAGGAGCCAGCAUGACAUCAACACGCAGAAGAGCAUAGAGGACACGGCACGGGACGAGCAGGCCUUCCUCCAGCGCCACUACCCGUCUCUGGCCUCCCGCUGCGGCUCCCGCUACCUGGCUCGCACCCUGAGCCGCCUGCUCAUGCACCACAUCAGGGACUGCUUGCCGGAGCUGAAGAGGCGUGUGACGGUAUUGAGUGCCCAGUACCAGGCCCGGCUCAGCAGCUACGGCCAGCCUGUAGAGGACCACAGCUCCACCCUGCUACAGAUCGUCACCAAGUUCGCCAGCGACUAUUGCAACACCAUCGAGGGCACCGCCACGCACAUCCAGACAUCUGAACUCUGCGGGGGGGCUCGGAUCUGCUACAUAUUCCAUGAGACCUUUGGCCGCACUCUUCAGUCUAUUGACCCCCUGGGGGGCUUGACGGAGCUCGACAUCCUCACUGCAAUCCGCAAUGCUACGGUAAUACCAAUCAGCUCCAAUCGCAUUGUCUGUGUGAAUCACAUGAGUUAUGUUAAUAGAGGUGUGUGUUGUGCUGUGCUGCAGGGUCCGCGGCCGGCCCUCUUUGUACCUGAGAUUUCCUUUGAGCUGCUGGUGAAGAGGCAGAUCAAGCGUCUGGAGGAGCCCAGUCUGCGCUGUGUGGAGCUGGUCCACGAGGAGCUGCAGAGGAUCAUCCAGCAUUGCUCCUCCUACAGCACGCAGGAGCUCCUUCGGUUUCCCAAGCUGCACGACUCCAUUGUGGAGGUGGUGACUAGUUUACUCAGGAAGCGCUUGCCCAUUACUAAUGACAUGGUCCACAACUUGGUUCAAAUUGAGCUUGCUUACAUCAACACAAAGCACCCAGACUUCACCGAUGCUGCUCAGGUCUCAGCAUCUGUCAACAGUCAACAGGGCCUGCAGGAUGGAGAUAAAUGCUGGAUGAAUGAGAAGGUGGCUGAGGAGAAGGCACCAGUGGCAGGUUUCAGCAGCCCUGUUAAGGGCCAGGCCAUCAACCUCCUGGACACAGCGGUGCCGGUGUCCCGAAAGCUGAGUGCCCGCGAGCAAAGAGACUGUGAGGUCAUUCAACGCCUUAUCAAAUGCUACUUCCUAAUUGUCCGCAAGAGCAUUCAGGACAGUGUUCCCAAGACGGUGAUGCACUUCCUGGUGAACUUUGUGAAGGAGCGUCUGCAGAGUGAGCUGGUGGGCCAGCUGUACAAACAGAACCUGCUACAGGGGCUGCUCAUCGAGUCCCAAGACACAGCACAACAGAGGACAGAGGUGGCCCAGAUGCUGGAGGCUCUCCAAAAAGCCAGCAACAUCAUCUCAGAGAUCCGGGAGACACACCUGUGGUAGCCCAAUGCAACUGACCGUGUGUGUGUGUGUGUGUGUGAUGGUAAUGUAUGGCAAUACCACUGAGCUCACACUGUCCAUUAAACAUCCAGCCGUCCUUUUUGUCUGUCCAGGAUUUGGACUAUUGUGUCUCAUUGUGAAUAUAGUGAUGAGACCAACACACUCAGGCAGAGCUGGUCCAUUGUGAUGUCUUUAAUGUGAAAGAGAACCAUCAUCAAAAACAAUUUUGGUUUUGUUGCAACAAUCGUCUGUCUAAAUGUCUGGUCUUUUGGUUGUCAAUGUGUUGUUUAUCAUGUGGAGUAUUACGUUGUUUUCCUGAGUCUUUCUUGCAUCUGAUUAUGACAUGGUUGUGCUGCUGCAUUUGUUUCCAUUGAUUAGGUAUCUAUUUGUGAAAGGGUGAUCUCAAACCAUGACUGCUUGAUAUGCAUGUAACAGUUUCUGAACAUAUGUAGAGUAAGUAUAAUCAGUCAGUAUCAGGUUUCCCCUUGUUUUAAGCAACGUUCUGUAAAGUUGAACAGAGGGUGACAACCCAACCCGAGGUUGAACAGUGGGCAUUGUCUGCAAUGUAAUGUUGAAAUAUGAUCCUGGUCUUCGGGGAUGCUGCAGAGGUUUGGUUUGACCUGGUCUACAGUGCAACUGAGUACAGUAGUUGUACCCUAGAGCAGACGUAUGUUCUUUACGUGUGUCGCAUUUAUGUAUCGUUCCAGGUAUACGGUUGCACUGUUUGUGCAUAUUUAGUCCUAUAACAAAGUUGUACGUUCACAACAUAGAAUACAGUGUUCCUUUUCUCCGUAUGAAGUUUCUAGUCAGACUCUUAAUUCGCAUGUUGUUGGAUAACUGAAACCAUAUUUAUGAAUAGCACCCACAAAGAGUUGAAUAGGUGUGUGUGUAUAUAUAGAUCUUGUAUAGCUAGCUUGUCAGGAGAUGCAGAAUAGUAGGUGGAGUCCAGCAAUGAUUUGAGGGCCAGGGGUAUAGCGAUUCAUUGUAGAAAUCUACUUGGCCAAAGGAAAGUUAAAAUAAUUUUCAAAAUCUCAGAAUGCAUUGAAAUAUUGUACCCCAGUCACCCCCUCCCUCCCUUUAAAUUAACCCAUGUAUGCAGUGUGUCUCAGAGAGAGAGGGGGCUGUUGCUGGGGUGCCACCUCUUCUGAAGACUAUCCCUAGGCCUGCUUCUACCCAGGGAUGUUGGAGGUGACAGGGAUGUUGGAGGUGUAAGAGACUAACAUUGUUUCUGAUUUGAACUUGUGCAUGCAGCUGUAAUUAUAUCCUCAUUUUGUUGAUGUAGAUCCCCAAGGGAAGUGUGCCCUGCAGCCUUUUAUUUGUGAUUUAGUACCAAUUGCGUGACGUUAGUGUAUCUUCCACUUACAAUUAGAUUCUAAAGUUUCUCAAAUAAUUUAUAGUGUAAGUGUGCAUCGGUUUUUGUAUGUCAUGGAAAUGUUCACAAAGGAUGAUGAGCAUUAUUCAGAAAGACUAGCCUUAAAGGAACAGGUACCAAGCACCAUCUAGCAGAAACACUGACUUCUAUGUGAUCAAGGAGAGCACGGUGUCUAGUCUGUCUUUCUGAAAGGACAGUGUGUGUGUGUGUGUGUGUGUGUGAAUAUCUAAGUUUUUCUAUCUGAAUGAGACUGUGUUUUCUAUUAUUUAAAUGUAUAUCUUACAUCUUUACAAACUGCCUGGAAGUGCUUGACUGCCAAUAUUUGUGAUACAUGUAAAUUGAUAGAAUAAUAUCUGUUCAGAUGGGAGGGACUCAUUAAACUCUUAACAACAACA